UUUACCAAAGAUGCUUUUAGAUGGAAGAAAUAUACUUUGUGUAUAGUUUUAUCUGUGAUUUUCCAAUAGCGAUUGUGGACUGUGAUUGUCUCAUCACUGCGCAAGUGAAUUUCGACUAAAACACUGAAGUGAAGACAGAUGGGUCGGAAUGUGACAUUCCGAUCAGUGUCAACCUGUCCCAAAGACGCUCCCACUUGGCUGAACAACGGCAUCAAGUUACAGUGCCCCAAUGAUACACAAGGUAGGAACCUGUACCAGUGUGUACCUAAUGAGAACAGAUCGUCACUGGUGGAGUUUUGUUCUAAAGGGAGUAUUGGCAGAUUUGAAGCAAAUAUCUGCCCUUAUGCUGUAUCUUCAGGACACCUAGACGCCAUCGACUGCUCCACUUUCCUUUAUGGUUGUCCGAGGGAACCUUACAUUACCAAUGAAGUUUUCAAAUAUUCAGCCUGCUUGGAAAUCAAUCCACAAAAACGCUGCUAUUUGGCAAAUGAAAACUGUUUAAAUGAAACGAGCCGUGCAAUACCAAAUUCCACAACGUUUAAUCUCAUGACUGACUCCUCAGCAUAUAUCCUGUCCACACACAGCUCUAAUCUUACUUCGGUGUCACCAAACAGUACUUUUAAUUUGCAGCCAGGGAUUGAGACCGCAUCUAUAAUUGCUGGAGUAGUAUCAUCAUCGAUCUUUCUAGUCGUUAUUCUCCUGUUCUUAUUCAUUUUUAACUCGAAAAGAUGUCAGUCUUGGAACACAACAGUGAAAUCAACGGAGAUGGAUGUCAUCAGUAUAGAAAGACAAGAAGAAGACCAAGAAAGGGGUGAGACUAGUUAUAUUGAUAAUGAGCUUGUUCCUUUUGUAAAUAUGCAACGCUUCGCAGAAUACGAUAUUGAGCGGAAAAUGCCCUCAGAUUUGUGG